AGAAAGCAGGGCGUAAAGCACUGUAAUGACUGUAAUAUAAAAAAAGCAAAUCUCUAUGGUACAUACAUUGACAUAUGAUAAAAAACAUUUGAAUUCACAGUCAAAUGACACCGUGAUUGGUUUAGUAAUUAGUAAUAUGGUACGUGGAUUUUUUUGAAAAAAAAAAAUAAGUAGUGUUAUUUUGAUAAACAUAGCUACCUGCGAAAUGUCUAUCAAUGUAUUAGAUCAUACUGAAAAAGAUCUUGAUUUGUUUAACUCUGAUCGCGGAAUUUGGCUUGUUAAAGUACCAAAAUAUAUAGCCAAUAAGUGGGAAAAAGCACCUGGUACCAUAGAGGUGGCAAAACUUACAAUAUCCAAACAUUUCAAGCAAAAAGCAGAAGUCACACUGAGACUUUCAGAAACUGUUAUGGCACUUAAAGAACCUGGAGAGCAUGAUGUUCCAAAACAACAUAAGCUGGAUGUCACAACUGUAAUUAAUCAAACGCUUGGUGUCUUUUCACAUUGCACAGCUUCAAAUAGAUCAGAAAUAGUUUCAACAGAAGAUGAUAAGUUACUUAUGGAAGGAAAAAUCGUCCAAAAACUUGAAUGUAGACCUCAAGCUGAUAGCACUUACAUGAAACUUAAACUUGCAAGUAUCAAAGAAGCUUCGAUACCUCAAAGACAAGUACAACAACUUGAAAGGGCUGUCCAAAAUUUCAAACCAGUUUCUGAUCAUAAACAUAACAUAGAAUAUGCAGAGAAAAAAAAGGCUGAAGGGAAAAAAAUUAGAGAUGAUAAGGAAGUUGUUUUGGACAUAUUAUUUGCUGCUUUUGAAAAACAUCAAUAUUAUAAUAUAAAAGAUCUCGUUAAAAUAACAAGACAACCCAUUGUAUAUCUGAAAGAAAUUUUAAAUGAAGUAUGCAACUACAACUUGAAAAAUCCGCAUAGAAACAUGUGGGAAUUGAAGCCAGAAUAUAGGCAUUACAAGGAAGAAAAAUGCCUCUACGAUGCGAAUAAAAAAAUUUUAAGUGACAUUUAGCGACAGGUCCGGGCAGCAGUACUUUUUAAUAUAAAAAUUUUCAACACCAUGCUAUACUGUUACGUUGACUAAGAUACUUGUAACUGUCCACCUUCUCUUGAAGACGAAAUCGUUAUCAUUCUUAUGGAUAUAAUUAUCUAUGAAUAAAGUUUCAAUAAUCUAUGAAAAAUAACUAGUAAAAAAAGUUGUGACACACUUUUUGGCAUAUUAACUCUAUAUAUUUAUUUAACA